AUGCCUUCCAACAUGAAAGCCGUCGACAUCAAGGGUGGCGCCGGCCAUGCCGAUGCUCUCUUCAUCAACCCGGACACCCCAGUGCCAACGCCUAAGGAAGGCGAGGCUUUGAUCAAGAUCAAGGCGUUCGGCCUGAACCGGAUGGACUUGAUCCAGCGCGAGGGUCACUAUCCGCUCCCCCCGCAGGCACCCUCAACCCUGGGAGUCGAGUUCUCGGGCACCAUCACCUCGUUCGGUUCUGGUGAGCAUGGCGACUUCAAGGAGGGCGAUGCGGUCUUCGGCCUAGCCUACGGCGGGGCCUACGCCGAGUACAUUGCCGUGAGCUCCAAGAUGCUGCUGCACAAGCCGGACUUCCUCUCGUGGGAGGAGGCCGCCGGCGUCCCGGAGACCUGGAUCACGGCGACGCAGGCGCUGUACCUGGUUGGUGAGUUCACCAGGGGCAAGUCGGUGCUGUGGCACGCGGGCGCCAGCGGGGUCAGCAUCGCGGGGAUCCAGCUCAGCAAGGACAGCGGGGCCAGCGCCGUGUACGCGACGGCGGGGACGGACGAGAAGUGCGCCUUCAUCGAGCGCGAGCUGGGGGCGACCAAGGCCUUCAACUACAAGACGACGGCGGACUGGGACGAGCAGAUCCUGCAGGCGACGGGCGGCAAGGGCGUCGACGUCAUCAUCGACUUCAUCGGCGCGUCCUACUUUGCGCGCAACCUCAACGCCGCCGCCCGCGACGCCCGCUGGGUGGUGCUGGGCCUGAUGGGCGGCUCGCGCCUCGACGGCGUCGACGUCGGCAAGCUGCUGUUCAAGCGCGUCCGCAUCGAGGGCAGCACGCUGCGCAGCCGCGAGCCCGACUACCAGGGCCGCCUGCGCGACAAGCUGGCCGAGUACAUCCCGGACUUUAAGACGGGCAAGCUCAAGGUCCUCGUCGACACGGUGCUGCCCAUGGAGAAGAUCCAGGAGGCCCACCGGCUGCUGGAGGCCAACAAGACGACGGGCAAGAUCAUAUGCACGGUUGGAGACUCGUAG